UAGAGAGAGAGAGAGAGAGAAAAUGAAACAGUGUAAGGUGUUUGUGUGUGGAGAAGAGAGAGAGUUGGGAAGAAAGCAAGCACCUGGGUUGUGUCCAUACUGUGGAGGGAAAGUGCAAGCCAUUGAUCUGGAGAGCCAUUGGAGAUUUUGCUUUCUACCCAUUUGCUUCUUCAUCAAGAGGAAGUUUUUAUGUAGUUUAUGUGAUAAACAUCUUGUCCUCUACUCAGACUUCUUUUGAGUUUGUAAUCUUCAUUGUUUCAACUUGUAAAUCAAUGCUGUGUAAAUUUGUUCUUGGGAGGGCGAGCUUGUAUAUGUAACUAAAAAUUUUGUAAUGAAUGUGUGAAAUGAAAUGUUGUAUUGAUAUUUAUUAAUCCGAAAUGAACAAUUUACAUUA